AUGCCACGUGCGCCAGAGCCCGACCACAUCGACACGAUCCGAUGGCGACCAGGUCAACAGCCUAUAGACCUACCGAUCACCGAAGAAAAGACAACUACGGAUACUGUAUCGCCGUCUCGUAACGAAAAACUAGCACGGAGGGAGUCGCGGCUGGGGCUGCGGAGUAUUUUUGGGCGCAACAAACCAGCUCGACACCUAGAUACCCCAGUUACCCAGCAUGUGUCAAAACAGCCCGGUCAGCCCUCGAGUCCGAGUGGGACCACAACGCAGGGCAUUCCCUACUACAGCCUGCCACCUGGAAGGCCAAUUGUAAAAGGUCAAGUCUCUCGACCUCUUUCAGUCACCGCUGAGGAUGCUGAGAGUCUGCCGCCUUUGUCAGCAGACGCAGAUGAGACACCGAAACCCAAAGCACCCGUGGGAAAGUCAGGCAAAGCCGGUUCUCAGUCAUGGCAGGUGCCCCCUUUUCACAAGGCAUGCCCAGAGGCCGCACAGCACUCGAAUCUGCCUGCCCCAACUGUGCCGGCCGACCUGAUUUUGCGGUCUCACGAACGGAAGGCAGCCGAAGCAGCACUUGAGGUCAACAAUGAGCAGGCAGCCGAUAAGGCGAAAGGCAGGAAGAAGCCCCGAAGAAACCGGGCUGGGACGAUUUCGGAUGCCGAAUGGACGAAGAAAACGUACAUCUUGCUCGAGUCCGGCCAUCUGCUCGAGUACGCCCAGGAAGGACCUUUCGACCGCAUGCCUGAGAAAGUGCUGCGUCUCAACCGCAGCUCGGCAGCCUUUGCUAGCGACUUGAUCCCUGGGCGUCAUUGGGUACUGCAGGUUUCUUCAAUCAUGGGUGCCGAGGGCGCAACAAUGACCGACGCGAACAGAGGCCUUUUCUCGAGGCUCCCCUUUCGUGGUGGACAUGACAAGCGACAUGCGGCGAAUAUGCUCCUUGUUUUUGAAAGCGCCGACGACAUGGACUCGUGGCUGGUCAACCUGCGAUCGGUGAUCGAGCUACUGGGUGGCAAGAAGACGCUUACAGAGACUGGUGCGCCCAAAUCGGAGCCAACCACUCCCCUGCGGGAGCAAACUAGCCAGCGCACACUUCUCGUUCGGGAGCACGACCGCCAUUCCAGAAGUAUACCGGAAGACCAGACUUGGGAACAGGACUGCGCGUGGCGCGAGAGCAGCGACACAUCUGCUGUUCCCUCGCUGACCCCGCGGGACCGAUCUCUAGAUGGCAUGUCGGCGACGAACAGUGUCGUUUCCCAAGACGGGCACCAGCUAGACAGUCUGCGCAGCAGCGCAAACCGACUAUCGUGUGUUUCGUCGGGGCAAAGGACGAUGGUCACCUCCGCCGAUUCCUCCCCAGCGUGCUCGCCGACGACUGAAAAUUUCCCAUCGCCAGUGGAGGAGCCCACGAGGCGCCACCCCGAGGUCAGCAAUAGCGACUCGAGGUUGCGCCCGAACGCGACAGCCAUCGUGGACCGACGCAAGUCCUUGCAGACCAUGACGCCGUUUGUUGUGGAACCUCAGCCUACAUCGGCGCAAUCACAGAGGCCUCAAUCGUCACUCAUCGGCUCAACGUCGCCAGGUUUCGCAGGGCAUGUUGUGGCCCCCAACUUCAGUGUCCCGCAUUCAUCCAACCGCCGAUUUUCUACAGCACGGCUACCGACUGUGGAGGCGUCGUCACAUAUGCAGCCCUCGCCUGUUAUCUUCGAGCAGGCCGAGUCUCCGGCCCCAUCGCGCACAGCAUUGCGGAAAUCACCGGGGGCUAUUCGUACAUCCCGGCCCCUUUCCAUGGUGCUAGACCAGCCGACGCCCCGGUGCGAUCAACCUGGGCGCCCAGCGACUCGUCACGGUGAUAGCUUAAAGGCUGGCGAGGCCACGGAGGAGACCCUGCCACUGCCGACGCGCAGAUCUGGGGCGGAAAUGGUAGACCUCCAUUCCCCCACACUGGGGGCACUUGACCCAGUCCGGGCAGCGAGUCCAACCCUGCCUCAGCAGACCACAUUGAGGACGAGCCCCCGCCGGCUGUCGAGCAUGGGAGCUUUGCGCGCCCAUAGCGAUCCGACUGACCGGAUGCGACUGCGGCCCCUUGGUUCAUCGCCAAAGCGAACGUCGGAUACAGACAGGUGCCAUUCCACAAUCGUUACGUACGAACGCGCCAAGACAUUCGCACAUAUACCAGGCCGACUGUCGAAGAGAGCCAGUAUGGUGUCGACACCCAGUAGCUUCCCGCACUCACCUCCCAGUGCGCCGCCACCUAGCAUGCCACUGCCCCAGAUCCCUCAAUCAGGCAGUCGGCUAAAGGCAGAUACUAGUGCACAUGCUUUGUUCAACAGACGAAGCAUGCCACAGCUCUCCGAGGGCCCACCGCCGAUGCCUCCACCAACAUGCGCUUUACCACCUAUUCCACAGAAGGUUCUGCAGGGCCAUGCUGUUCAAAACAAUCAUACCGACCACAUGUCUACCAUUGUGGACAAUGAAGACGACAAGAGCAACUUCUUCUAA